UAUUUAUCAAGCACAACAAUCAUCACAUUCCAACCAAUAUUCCUGGAAAAUUGAUGUACGGAUUAAUAUUCCCGAUAAUCUGAACAUUCCCAGUAUUCUAAUAAUACUCGAAUCAAACUGCUACUCAAUUUUCUCUAAUCCAGGCCAGAGGAGGUACGAGAUGUUUGAUUUUCAGCUUAUCCGGUCGAGCCGGGCAGCCAUUUGAGAGUGUCGCGCCGUGCCGGGCCAGCAGUAUACGGCUCACACAGAUAACAGGCCGGGCCAGGUGGGGUUGACGCCGAAUUUCUUCCGACAAUAAUGCGGCGAAGAGAUGAGGCUGACCUCCUCAGUCCUCUUUCUGAGGCGCCGUCAACAUCACCGCCGCCUCUCGGGAGUUUCCAACUCACCACUCGCCGCCUACCUGCCGGAGCACCCGCCACCGGAGCCAUUCCACGCCAGGGCAAUCAAGAACUGCUCCCUUGAGCAGCCGUCCUUCGCCAACUACGUGCUGACCCUGUACGUGAAGUCUCGGAAACUGUCCGAUGCGCACCGCCUGUUCGACGAAAUUCCCGACAGGGACGUCCGUACAUGGACGACCCUUCUCUCCGGCUUUUCUCGGGUCGGGUCUUCUCCCACGACGGUCUUGGACUUCUUCCGAAGAAUGCAGGUGGAGGGUGUGGUCCCGAACGAUUUCACUUUGUCGACCGUCCUCAAGAGCUGCGCCAGCUUAACCAUGCUGAAGCUCGGGAAGGAGGUCCACGGAUGGAUUUUCAGAAAUGGGGUUGAGGUGGACUCUGUCCUCGGGAACUCUAUUCUUGAUAUGUACGUAAAAUGCGGGGAGCUUAAUAUUGCGGAGAGGCUGUUUCAUUCGUUGGAGGAGAUCAAUAUUGUGUCCUGGAAUGUUAUGCUUGGUGGAUAUGUGAACAAUGGCGAGGCCGGAAAGUCACUGGCUUUUUUCAAGGCAAUGCCCUUUAAGGAUGUUGUGAGUUGGAACACGAUCAUACACGGGCUGAUGCAAAAUGGGCAGGAGGGAACGGCUCUAGAGCUUCUAUAUGAAAAGGAGCUUGGAGCUAACUUUAAUGAGUUCACUUUCUCAAUAGCUCUCAGCUUGGCUGCCGCUUUAACUCUGUUGGAUCUCGGAAUGCAGAUUCAUGGCCAUGUUCUAAGAUGCGGGAUCAGUACUAAUGGGUUCAUAAGGACUUCUCUCAUUGACAUGUACUGCAAAUGUGGAAAGGUGGAGAAGGCCUCUCUUCUUCUCAGGAAACCGCCCACUGGGUCUGAGACAAUCCGAAGUUAUGAGAAGUCCCAUGAGGAAUUAUCUAGACAGAAAAUUUCAUACAGUUCGUUGAUUUCUGGGUACGUUCAUAAAGGGGACUUUGAGAGUGCCUUCACGACUUUUAGAUCCAUGGUCUGUGGAAAGCUCGAGGUGAAUGAGUAUAGUGUCACGAGCAUUCUGUCUGCCUGUGCCAGCACUGGGAUAUUAGGACUUGGUUUACAGCUCCAUGCCUAUAUUAUAAAAGUUGGGCACAAAAUGGAUGUUCCGUUGCGAUCCUCAAUAAUAGAUAUGUACAGCAAGUGUGGGAGUUUGGAAGAUGCGAAGUUGAUCUUUGAAGGAGGCAAAGAUUCUUAUGUUGGCUUGUGGACUUCAAUGAUAUCAGGCCUCGCCGCCAACGGGAGCGGCAAGGAGGCCGUUGACCUCUUCAAAGUGAUGACUGAGGGGGUUAAACCGAACGAAGUUACUUUCGUGGCAGUCUUAAGUGCUUGUAGUCACUCGGGGUUACUUAAAGAAGGCAAAGAAUAUUUUAAGCUCAUGAAAGAAGUUUAUGGAAUCAAACCUGGUGUCGAACACUUCACAUGUAUGGUUGAUUUAUAUGGUCGAAGAGGACGGUUGGAUGAGAUCAAGCAAUUCAUUUGCCAAAAUGGUAUCUCAAACGUGACUUCCGUGUGGAAGUCAUUUCUAUCCUCUUGCCGAUUCCAUAGAAACGUUGAAUUGGGGAGAUGGGUGUGUGAAAAGCUGCUCAGUCUUAUUCCAAACGAUCCCGAGCCUUAUGUUUUGUUGUCGAACAUAUGUGCUGAUGAUGGGAGAUGGGAAGAGGCCGCUAAAAUUAGGAGCCAAAUGCAAAAGAGAGGGCUGAAGAAAGUCCCCGGGCAAUCGUGGAUCCAAUUGAAGAAUACCGUCCAUACUUUCAUCAUGGGAGCUGAUACGCACCCAAAUUCUUCGGAGAUACGUUCGUUCUUGGAUGAGCUAAUUGAGAGAUCGAAGGAAAUCGGUUACUUACCCCACGCUAAAUUAGUGAUGCAGGAUGUGGGACAAGAAGAAGGGGAAAUGUUGGUUGGGUUUCAUAGCGAGAAGCUCGCAAUAGCUUAUGGAGUCAUGAACACUGGCCCUGGGGUGUCGAUCAGAGUCACGAAGAACCUCCGAAUUUGCAUGGACUGCCACAAUUUCAUCAAGUAUGCUUCACGGCUUUUGGACCGGGAAAUAGUCGUGAGAGAUAUCCAUCGGUUCCAUCACUUCAGAGAUGGGAAAUGCUCGUGUGGUGAUUGGUGGUGAAUGUAGAGAACGCUGAUGACAUGGCGGGGGUGCUGAUCAGAUCCAGUUGUUUCCUAUCAUGGCAUCUUGCAAAUAGAGUUGUUUCACUUAUCUUUAUAUAAGGAAGCAGAGCCUGAUGGCAUGAUCCAUCCUGAGUUUUUGGAGAAUCCCGAAUUGGCAUUCAGGAAUUAGCAAUAAAAGUGAGUGCUAAUCUCAGGUGAUGUAUCGUCGAUCUUCAUUUCCUGUUUGAUACGGAUCCCGACCCUGGAGAUCCCUCCCUAGAAUGUUGUUUCAUUCUUUUUCUCAUUGAAAGGAGAAACAAAAGAUUAAAAUAAUUUGUUCUGUGUUA